AUGGCUCUCUCUUCCGCCGCUGCCGCUUCCCUCCGUCCUCAGCUUCUGAGUAGCUCGCCCAUGGCGGCGGUGUCCGUCGCCCCCGGAAGCUGCGGCGCUCGAUCGCUCUCCUUGCGCUCAAAACGACAUCGCCAUCCUCUCCGGAAAACCUCGCUGCGUCCUCGUCUCCCCGCCAUUUCCGCCGUCCACUUUGAGGAGCUGGUCGAGAAGGAUUGGUCCUUCCUCUAUCCGAGCUCCGACGAAGGCGACCGAGCGAGCAAGACCGAUCGGAUAAUCGCCGCCGGUGGCGUCGGCGAGGAAUCCAAGGUCCUAGCCUGCUUCCCUACGGCGGCGUUUGUCGAUCGGCUGGUGGAGACUCGGCCCUGCGAGCUAGUGAUUGCCACUCACGAGUCCCUCUUCCUGCUGGCGGAGAUCAAGGAGAAUCACGACGCCGUGAGGUGCUGGCAGGGCGGCGUUGAGGCGGUGCCGGAGAGGUUCUCUCCAUUGAACGCCGCCUUCGUCUGCUACUUCCCCGCCAUGGGAGUUCCCAUCGGCCAGCUGCUGGAAUCCUUGUCCCGACGCUGCUCUCCAGGUAAAACGCAGGAUAAACCCUAAAUCUCACCUCCCCUCCUCCUCCUCCUCCUCCUCCGCCUCCUCUCGAAGAACCCUAGCAGUGGGGAAUGUUCCAUCCGAUCCCUUAAUUCUGACCAGAGCUUCAAAUUCUCUAGGUUCGAGAGUGGUGAUCGGCUGCGAGCAAGGGAGGGAGGCGGCUGACAGUCAGAGGCGGCAGUACCCUGACAUGGUCACCUCAGACCUACCGGACAGAUCAAGUUUAGACCAGGCGGCGGCGGAGAAUUUCUUUCGGGUGGUCGAAUUCGUCGACGAGUCGACCUUCUACCUCGCCGUUCUUGAGCUCUCUGCAUCGACGACUGCCUCUUGA